AUGGCCGCACAGGGCACGGGAGCCCCUGCGGCGGAAGCCAAGGAGGGGCCCCGACGGCCCUUGAACUAUGCGGAAUUAUCUAAGGAUUCUUUGCGUGCUGUUACUAUGGAGAACGGUUUGCAGCAGAGUGCCAUUUACUGGGAGACAGGCCACAGGACGUGGCUGCCCUUCUGGGCUUCUUUUACGCAAAAGUUUACGUGGAAGAUUAUAGACGACCAGAUUCGCCGUUUCUUGGGCUUCACCUCCCCUGUGACUACGGAGCCGUUUAUCUUUUACAACUCUCCCCACAUCUACAUGCGCCAGUACGUAGGGGACCCGGAUGUACACCUGACUGUACCCCUUAGUGUUAGAUGGCGUUUUGCCUUCUCCCCUGCGGGUACAGAAACCUUCGAAGACUAUGAUAAGCAGGUACAAGAUGCAUUCUAUGAGAGGGCAGUAUCUGCCGAUCAGCGGCGAGAAAAACAAAGAGCUGUCGAUGCCAUCUUAAAGUGCGCAGAAGAGGCAGACAAACGCUAA